AUUAGAUGAUUUCAUUAAUUUCAACACCUUCCGAAUAAUAGACGUGUCAUUAUGUCACUCUUUUUUCAAGUCAUUCCCACUUUCUUCUUCUUCUUCCUAUAAUUACUUCCCUCACCAGAAGUCUCUUUCUCUCUCACUAACUCAUCAAUUUUGCUCCCAAUAAUUGUAUCAAGACAUUCAUAGCUAGCCAUGGGUGAGAAGGUGACGAUCAUGGUGCUCAAGGUUGAUCUUCAAUGUCCUUGCUGCUACAAGAAAGUCAAGAAAAUUAUCUGCAAAUUUCCCCAAAUUAGAGACCAGGUUUACAAGGAGAAGGAAAACAAGGUGGUAAUCACUGUAGUAUGCUGCAAUCCUGAGAAAUUUCGAGACAAAUUAUGCUGCAAAGGUGCAAAAGUCAUCAAAAGCAUCGAAAUCGUUGACCCUCCCAAGCCCAAACCCGUAGAGCCCGAGAAGCCCAAGCCCAUACCUGAGAAGCCCAAACUCGUAGAGCCUGAAAAGCCCAAACCCGUGGAGCCUGAAAAGACCAAGCCCAUAGAACCAGAAAAGCCCAAGCCUCCUCCUCGGAAACCGGAGCAACCUAAACCACCAACCCCGGCCCCCUGCCCCAUCCCGGCACUGGUGCCCUGUGGGUGCCAACCGCCUCCACCAAUAUUGGGGCCGGGGCCUUGUGGGUGCCCACCAGUUUCCCCGGUGAGGACUUGUUGUGGGCCUUGCUCGCAAGGAUAUGGUGGGGGGCCGUGCUACUUCGGACACGGGCCACCGCCGCCACCGAUGCCGCAACCAUGCUUUGAUGGUUGCUAUGUGUACGGGUGCCAUGAUAGGCCAUAUCACGUGACGAGAUGUGAUUACUACUUUAGUGAGGAGAAUCCUCAAGCAUGCUCGAUCAUGUAAUGCGUGUACAUUUUCAUUUUAUUGUUAUACGGUGUGAAGGGUAUACAAAGAAUCUUCAUUAUCAUGUUGAGAUUCAAACUUUAAAUAUAUGUUUAUUUGAAAAAAAGAAUAAACAUAUUCAAUUCUAUGCGGCCAUUUGUACUAAUAAAAGUAGGUUUAUCUGCAAAUUUGAUAUUGUCUAAACUGUACAUACCCAACCGUAUCUAUUCAUUUGUUUUUAUCAUUUUAUUUUAAUUUUUGUGGUGGCAAUUGAUUAGUCUUUUACUAUAAUGCAUCAUCCAUCAUUUAUCUACU